GAAGAUGGCGGGGAAGAAGAAUGUUCUCUCGUCUCUAGCGGUGUACGCGGAAGACUCGGAACCCGAGUCCGACGGCGAGGCGGGCGUGGAGACGGCGGGAAGUGCCACCGAGGAGAAGGGUGGGCUGGUGUCUGAAGCCUACGGAGAAGAUGACUUUUCUCGUCUCGGCGGUGACGAAGAAGGUUACGAAGAGGAGGAGGAUGAGAACAGCAAACAAUCGGAAGAUGACGACUCAGAGUCUGAAAAACCGGAGACUGAUGACCCCAAGGAAAACACGGAAGUCGAGAAACGGGACCCCCAGGAGUUGGUAGCUUCCUUUUCUGAGCGAGUGCGGAACAUGUCUCCCGACGAGAUCAAGAUCCCUCCCGAGCCCCCGGGCCGGUGCUCCAACCACCUACAAGACAAGAUCCAGAAGCUUUACGAGCGGAAGAUGAAGGAAGGCAUGGACAUGAACUACAUGAUCCAGCGCAAGAAGGAGUUCCGCAACCCCAGCAUCUACGAGAAGUUGAUCCAGUUCUGUGCGAUAGAUGAGCUCGGCACCAAUUACCCGAAGGACAUGUUUGACCCCCACGGCUGGACUGAGGACUCCUACUACGAGGCCUUGGCCAAAGCCCAGAAGAUCGAGAUGGACAAACUGGAGAAGGCCAAGAAGGAGCGAACCAAGAUCGAGUUUGUGACGGGCACCAAGAAGGGCACCACGACCAGCGCCACAGCCACUGCCACAGCCACAGCCAGCACCACCGUUGCAGACGCCCAGAAGAGGAAGAGCAAGUGGGACUCAGCCAUCCCGGUGCCCACCAUCGCACAGCCGGCCCUCCUCACCACCAGCGCCACGCUGCCCUCCGUUGUGACCGUCACCACCAGUGCCAGCGGCUCCAAGACCACCGUCAUCUCGGCCGUGGGCACCAUUGUCAAAAAGGCCAAGCAGUGACAGAGCCAGCAGACAAUCUCUCCGGCCAAGCCUUGACCAGGCCGGCCCGACACAGCGGACACCCUCCCUUCCCCGACAGGCCUGCCACUCUGGGUACCAGGACAUGAGACAGAGAACGGGGGUGCCCUGCGGACAUGACCUGCUGCCCAGCUGUGCCCCAUGUGCCGCCUGUGACAUUGCAGGAGAUGCAGGACAGGAUGCGGCCACCGUGGGGGAGAGGGUGUGGGCACAGCGGCCACAUGCCAAGGGGGGCUAUUGCCCUAUUAAAGGUUCCUUUUUUU